ACCUUGAGUCAGUCUAUUUAUACAAAUGUGAAAUAGGUCCGAACAAGUUACAAGUUCAUAUGCAUAUCAUAGACCAGGACUGCCUGGGGAUCAUCGCACAUUUGACUCAGUACUGUAAACAUCAGACUUAUGACGGAGUGUGUUGAAUGCGCAACGUAGAACCCCCACCUUUCUUGGCAUCGUGAGUCUAUCGAUAAGAGACACAUCAUCCGUCCACGAUGGUCAUUCUUCAAGCCCCUCUCGCCAGCCUCACCGAGUCUUUCGCUUCUUCCCAAUGACAUCCUCUUCGACGCCUACAUAUUUCCAGACCAUGUCCCCUGCACCUUCGAGUACUGCAUCUGCUUCACAGCCUACAGCCCCGCAGCCGUCAGCUCUCCCACCAUCUUCAGAAACGUCGCACCUCCCUCAAUGCGAGAAGACAACGCAUGACGCCACUUUCGACUCAAAAGUGAAGCCAAACCGCAAGCCCCUCCUCCGUCUGGAGCUCCGCGACCUUUCGGAUGAUGGCACGCGCGCCUUUCUCCGCCUUCUCCAUGCCACCACUGCUCUCGAAGACGCCGUUGACGCCGUCCUCAAGCAGCUAUAUAUUGGUCUGAAGACUCAUUGUAUUCCGCCUACCCGCUCGAUUACUUUGGUGCUCCGGUCCAUGGAUGGUGUUGCAUACACUACCGGUCGCGACAUUGACGAGGACCACAAAGAGAUUCACCUCAGCACUAAUUAUAUCAAUCACGUACCUGACAGCCGAAAGAAAGAAGAGAUACAGGGUGUCAUCGUGCAUGAGAUGGUUCACUGCUGGCAGCACAAUGCACUGGGCACAGCGCCAGGCGGAUUAAUUGAAGGCAUAGCAGACUGGGUCCGCUUGAAAGCUGGAUUUGCGCCCCCGCAUUGGAAGAGAAGUGCCGAUGGUGAUUGGGACGCGGGCUACGAACGAACCGGCUUCUUUUUGGAGUGGCUAGAAGCGGCACACGGUGAAGAGAUCGUACGAAAAAUCAACGAUGAACUGAGGGGCUGCAGGUACGACUCCGACGAGUUCUGGCACAAAUGCUGCGGCAAGAGUGUCGGUCAUCUGUGGAGCGAAUACAGGUCCAGCCUUGGGGACGGCGACUCGAAGCAAACCGAUGCUAAAUCCACUUAGCGUGCGAGACAUGCAAAGAGAAUGUUCAAUGGCUGCAUGUCCACGGUGAC